UUAGUUGAGCACGCACCAUUGAGCGUUACGGAGCUGUUAAAUUGGCGUCUGACUAAGUGUGUGUAUGCGAUCUUUGGGGCAACGCACGAACGCGAGCUCACGCAUAAAUUCUGUAACUGUUCGAGGGCUUGGAAGAAAAAGAUCAAGUCAUGCGCUUCGUACCGAUAAUAUUUAUAGCUAUAGGCGCUAUUAGUGUUGUGAUAGCGGCAUCUUCAACUGAAGCUGCCUCAGCAAAUCUGCCCGAGCUAAACCAAUGCGAUCACAAGUUAACAAAGUCCAAUAAGUAUUUGGAUUAUCCAUUUUGGAAGAAGUUCUUCAAGCAUUUGGUACCCUUUACGAGCAGCGCUCGUGUCAAAAUGCAAUUCUUUCUAUUCAAAAGGGACUUUCCCGAUUGCGGUAAAGAACUGUUCCCCAGCGAUGAUGAGACCUUGGAGCGUUCCGGUUUCGAUGCACGGCAUCCCACUAGAAUUAUCAUACACGGCUGGAUGAGUCAAGGCAAGGGUUCAUUGAAUCGGGAUGUGAAGAGCGCGUAUCUGAGUUUGACUAAACCAAAGGCCAGCACACAAAAUAAUAAUGAUGCCGCACAGAGUGAGCCCCACAUGGAAGCUCCUCGUUAUGAGGAUUUUAAUAUAAUUGUAUGUGAUUGGAGUAAGAUAUCUUCAAAUGUUAACUACUUUGGUGUUGCCGAUAUGGUCGAAGAUCUGGGCUUUCUGCUGGCCGAGUUUGUGCGUUUUCUCCAUAUGCGUGCCGGUCUGCAGUUUGACGAUGUCUACCUUAUUGGACACUCCCUGGGUGCACAGAUUGCAGGCAGUGCGGGCAAACAGAUCAGACCCUUUCGCUUUAAUACGAUCUACGCAUUGGAUCCGGCGGGUCCCAAGUUUCGGGAGCAGAGCGAUGAGUAUCGCAUCGACGCGAGUGAUGCACACUAUGUGGAGUCAAUACAGACGAGCAUUGGAUUGGGCUUCGAGGAGCCCGUGGGCCAUGCCACCUUCUAUCCCAACUUUGGCAAGGAUCAAAAGAAGUGCUAUAUGUACGGCUGUUCCCAUAAGCGUGCCCAUGACUACUUUGCCGAGUCCAUCAAUAGCACCAAGGGUUUCUGGGGCAUUCGCUGUGAGCGCAUAUCCAAAAAGACGUGGGUACUUUUAGACAAUGAUGGGGAAUUUCGUAUGGGUGGCGAACCGUCAGAUCCCAAGAAUGGAACGUUCUAUGUAAAAACCUAUGAUAAAAAGCCCUAUGCGAUGGGAACCAGGCAAGAGCUGGCGAAUGCUCCUCGGGAGGUUGAGAGAACAACAGAAGUGUAUCAUUAACAUUAAUUUUAUUAUGUGAAUAAGCGAGAAGAGUAUCCCAGCUGUGAAAUAUUGAUAAGAAAGUUGCCUUAAUACUAAUAUUGAUAAAAUGUAAAUAUAAUUUAAUUUCAUUUGUCAAUUCUCUUAUAAGUAUUUCUAUUUUUGAGUACCUUACCGUUAUUUUUAUUAUUCGAAAAAAAUAAGUCUUUAAAUCUAUGGUUCUCAAACAAAUCAUAAAACAAUCAACACAUCUUCUAUUAAAAUCUCAAAACUCUAAAAACACGAACGCUAAAAAUAUUUACAAAAUAUUCAAAUAAAAUAUAAGCAAUGUUGUAUAUAUUGCUGAGUCUAUUGCUGCUCAAUAUGCUGCUUUUGUUGAGGGGAUUUAAAAUACCACCGUGGGAUCCAAGCUAUCUGGAUGAUGAUAUGGAUUUUCCGGAUAUACUCAAUGAAAUAGACUAUGAGAUGAUGCUGAAACGUGCCAAGAAAUAUCAAUUUCCCUACGCUUACAUUCAAAAUUAAUGCCACACUUUGCUGUUGCAAAAAUGUAAGCGCAUUGAAUUUUCUGAACAUUUUAAUUAAAACCAACAAAAUGUAUGUUGGCCAAAAUCGUUGCAGUGCAGCAAGUUAA